UUCUAUCCCAAACUAACCACGAACCACAAAAAAAGUAUCUUUACUGGCUAGUAAACAUGGCCAAGCGAACCCUAUGUAUGUCCAGUAUAUUACCCACGCACGGCGCACUCACCCUCUACAGUCGUCUAGGACUCUAGGGUCUCUCUCUGGUUAAUGCAGUAGAAGUAGAAAAAUGGGGACUUUCGGGGACGACGGCAUACUUCCGAAUACGAAAUCCGAGUCCGAGGAACCGGAGCAGGGGUUUUCAUCUACUGAUUCGCACAUCGAAGAUGCUUUGUUAGAGAAAUUGGAAAAUGUAGUGCUAAAAGCCGAUGAAUAUGAUACGGAAAACGAUGGACAAAAGGACUCCGGUUGUCUCGAUGGUAGUGGAUUGCUGCCUCUGCGGCCGUAUGCAGGUGAUUGCCUCCAUUUUAUUCGGACGGGGUCGUGUAAGUUUGGACUCGAUUGCAGGUACAAUCACCCCGACAUAAGGACUCAGACUCAGACUCAGGCUGCUAUCGAUCUAGACAAGGAUGUAGUUCCUGAAGAUUCUGGCCCGAUUGAGUGCAAGUAUUACCGAACAGCCGAAGGGUGCAAGUAUGGAAAAUCUUGCAGAUACUGGCACCAUGGAGAAGAGUCUCAAAAUAUUGUUCCCGAGCUUAACUUUUUAGGUUUGCCAAUACGAUCGGGAGAAAAAGAGUGCCCCUUCUACAUGCGUAAUGGUACCUGCGGAUAUGGAUCUCGUUGCGUAUUUAACCACCCUGAUCCUACUCCAAUUACAGGGAUGGGAUCUCCCAACUCAUCAGUGGAUGACAAAUAUGAAAGACAGUUAAGCCAUCCUUUGGAAAAGCAUAAUGGUCUUCCAAUUCAUUUUUCAGGAGCUUCACAACCAGAUCAAACAUCCAGGUUUUUAUACUCAUUUUCUGAUAACACCAUUUCCUACCCGAACAGCCACUCAUCUUACGUGACACCACAUACACCUCCUCAGCAGAUGCAAAAACAAUCAGAAUGGAAUGGAUAUCAGGCUCCAAAUUCCCAUCAGAGUGGGAAUUAUAGUGCAACUCCUUCUGCAGAUGGUUCCCUGAGAAAAUCAUACAUUUCUAUGCAAGAUGAAGAAUUUCCUGAACGUCCAGGUCGGCCCGACUGUGAUUAUUUCAUGAAAACUGGGAACUGCAAAUUUAGAUCAGCAUGUCGAUACCACCAUCCAAAGGAUAGGAAACCUAAGCCUGAUGAACGUGUCCUUUCUGAGAAAGGCCUGCCAUUGAGACCUGGUAGAAGUAUUUGCCGACAUUAUGAACGUCAUGGUGAUUGCAAGUUUGGGAGUGCAUGUCUUUUUGACCAUCCCAUUAGCCAUGGCUUGUCAGCAUAUACUGAUUGGCAUGUUUCAAAGACUUCUGCUGACUCUGAUGCUGGAUCCUGGGGUGAUUAAAAUCGCUGAAGCUGGAAAUUUUCGGCACUGUAAUUUUAUGGUUUCCUACGGGAAACAAACCUGUUUACUUCCAAUGACCCUGAUAGACUAUUUUAUAUAGUUUUACUUAGAACUACAUCAAACGAAGAAAGAUAGACUGAUGUUAGGACAAUUUUGCGGCAUAUCAUUUGGAAUGUAGAAAUCGAGGUAAAACAUUACUCAUGUAAUGUUUCAUUGAGGUUUCUGUAGGGAGAGACUGCUCCCUAAAUUUAUCUUGUUUGCAUAGUUUACAGUACAUGUGAAACUUGUUCUAUUAUCUUCCCAGUGUAGUUGGUCAGAAGAGUGUUUUUAAAUAUCUGAAGAACUCGUGUAACAGAUACCUUAAUGUAAAAUUACAACUGCCUUUCAUUCCCCUAACGUCGUAUUGUAAUCA